GCCACGGGCGACCGGAGCUACGUGAGUGUAGCUGCUGGAAGCCACCGUGUAUAUCGCCACGCCUGAUCAAAAAGAAAAUUCAUCCUUCGCCAGGGCGCUUGUUUGGGGGAUAACAGAACGGUAGACGAGUAGCCAACGGCAUACACGUAUUUGACAGAUAAACCGAUGCUGCCCUCAAGUUUUGGUUGCAGGACUGUCGAUCCGAACUUAGAACAGCGUGCGGCCAUGAAAAGUUGUGGGUUAUUUCGGUCACAAAGGAUUUGAUUAUCACUGGAAACCCUCUCAGCACCUUGUACGGCCUAUACUCCAAGGUCUUGCGACAGAUAGAGCAAGGAGUCAUAACAUCUGGCGACACGUUCAAGUUUCUCAUGCGCAGCAGAAGCAUAUAUCAUAUAUUUCUCUCUCUAUAUCGAAUGAGUUACGAGGGUCGAAUGGGCGUUUGAAGUCAGCUUUGUGCAUAGUAAUCUCAAGUCGACUGACACUGGCAUGAUGCAAUCUCUGAGGAACACAUAUAUAGGACAACUGGUUUCCGCACUGUCAGCGCUCAUCUUCAAUGUCUACGCCGAGCCUCAAUACCCUCGUCGAUGCCCAGACAGCGAACUAUCUUGUAGCCUCCGCAGCUGCGCUUUGGGUCUGGGAUGUAAUCUCUUCAUUCCCUGAUGACGUGCAGGUUUUUGUUGGACGGAAGUUCACAUUUACUGAUGUUGCUUAUGCACUUGCCCGAGCAGCAUCCGGCGGAUUUCUGUUGGCAUCCGUGAGGUAUUCAGCGGAUCCCAUUGGGCCAGGCUGCUUUGGAACCCUGACCUCUAUGUCCUGGUUCGAACCCUCUGCGUUGGUCUUCAACGCUUUGCUCUUCCUCAUUCGAGUCCGCGCUGUGUUCCUUGACUCAAGGAAGAUAGUAGCUGCGUUCAGCUUGUUAUGGCUGGCCACCCUCACAGCCUAUACCCUUCCAUUCAGCUCCGAUUUAACCGCGCAUAACUGCCAGUUUGUCGGCACUGUGAAGCCUCAGGGAUCAGUAGGAUUCAUCGUGGUCGCGAUCUUCGACACUGCCGUGUUCACUGCAAUUUCUUACCACGUCCUCAAAUUUAGCUUGGCCCUUACCUGGAAGGAGCGUUUUGCAUCGUUCCUUGAUGGUAGCGGGCUUGGACACGUAUCUAGAGUACUUCUGCAAACGGGACAACUAUAUUACUUAGCAACUGUUGGGAUGACCAUUCUGAAUUUGGUCACCUUCCUCUCGUCAGUACCACCAAGUUUCAAAGGUGGAUCGACGUUGUUUAGCAUUGCCAUACAAAACAUCAUGGCUUGCAAAGUAUUUCGCCUGCUCAGGCUUGGUCUACUUCGAGACGAUACCCAUUCAUCUCGAACAACUCGCGCGCAGCAGUCACAUAGCAUACGCUUCACACCCGGAACCGACUACACCAGUGGAAUUAUGUUGUCUACUUUCCAAGGAGAUACGAGCUUCUCCACCACAGAUGACACACAGGCGACCAGGGACUAAGCGACGGAGAAAGCUGGCUCGGGGCUGCCUACGGGUGGACCUACAAAUGAAGGUGUCGGAAUUACUGUCUAGGUUGGUCGACUCCGUUAUCCCCCCGUAGACUGUUAUAUACGCAUACCUCAUGCCAUGGAUGGAGAGGAAUUGAAGGUGCGAACCGUGAAGGUCGAUAGAGCGCGAGGGAAAUUCCUACGAUGUUUCCAUUUUGUCGCUGUAGAUGAUAACAUGAAAACUUCGAUAGUGAUCCUGUUCAAUGAGUCAAUGGGAUAGGUAUAUGAGAAGGUGUAUAAGUAAUAGCCCUGUAAUGAUUUCGUUACCAAUCAACACCUACAGU